GCCGUCGGGGGCGGGGGGCGUGGGGCGAGGUGGCCUCACGUCCCGCCCCCGUGCUUCUGCCUGUCUUUUUGUUUGUUUGUUUGUUUGUUUUGCCUGCCUGUUUGUUGCCUUGCUUGUUACUUGCUUGCCUGCGUACUAAGGUGCCGUCGGGGGCGGGGUGCGUGGGGCGAGGCGGCCUCACGGCCCGCCCCCGUGCUUCUGCCUAUCUUUUUGUUUUUCUUUUUCUGCCUGUCUGCUUGACUGCCUGCUUGUUUCUUCGUUUGUUUGUUCGCUGGGAAGAAUGGAAGGGGGUACGCUAAGAGAAUCACCAUUCACAAUGUGUUUAAUGCUAAGUGCUUUCUUCCUAUUCGGAAGGUUAGAGGAAGUGUAUGGCAAAUGUUGGUAAAUGACUGCGACAGGUUUAUGACAUCCCUUGAUCCGCACAGCAAGCUGGUGGUCAAAUAUGUGGUGUCUACGCUAUUAGAGGUUGACUCCUUCUCUACCUUGCAGCCGUUUAUCAAGAUUUUCCACGACCUCGAGAAGGCAGUGCCUGGCUUCUUGCCGGACAUGGCCAAGGCUGUUAUGGAGCUCGGUCAGUGCGAUUUCAACAUUGGGGAGAUACAUAGUGUUGGGGAGUCCCUGAAUUUGCACCAACAGACUAAGUUCUUCAACAGCAAGUUGUACGGUGGCUUUAUGAAAGCCCGUUGUGCUCAUCAAGUUGGCCAAUUGCGCGCAGCUGCAGAAAAACCUUCAGUGGAAAGACUUGCUGCUGCUCGCCGCUUGUUGCAAUCAGAACACAUUGCACCGGAGCACAAAAGCGAGCUUGAGCAAGUCGUGACAUUGCUGGGAGGGGCUUCCGAUGAAGUGAAGCUCGCCUGGUUGUUGCAGGACAUCGAUCGUUUCGAUAUGCUCAGCGCUUGGUGCCCUAAGAGUGACCUCGGCAACGCCUACUAUUUCGCACAGAAGGAGGUAGACUGGAGCAAGGUCCAGCCGGAAGCAUUCCUGCGAGCAUCUUCCCAGGUUGCUGCUCUAAAGGAUUGCUUGCAGCAUGUAGUGCAUCCUGUCGCCCGUGCCCUUUUGGACAAGUACGGCAAGUGGCUUGCGGUUUGUCGGAAAUUCCCCAAUAUCGUUCCAAUAUGCGAGGGCAUUUAUCUCGAUCUCGCAACUAUCAAGUUGGGCGUCCCAAUGCAUACGCUCCCGGUGGCAGAUUCCAUUCAGAAGUUGUCCGAGGAAGAAAAAGAUAUCCUUCCUAAACUGGUGUCUUUGGUGGGCCAGAAAGACCUUGCCAGAGACGGCCGAGUUUUGGAAGCCAUGCGUGAUUUUUUGCCAAAGAAUGAGGAAAAGUCAGUGGCGAAAGGCGAUAAAAUGGAAGCACCCCAGCCUGCACCAACAAUAGAUGAGAGCACAGGUCUCCCAGAGGAAGAAGCCAAACAGGGAGAUGAAGGAGUGGUCUCUCCGCAAAGUUUUCCGAUCGGUGCCAAAGUCCGGAUCCAUGUGUCUCGCUUGAAGCGGAAAUUCGAUGGUCAGCUAGCAGAAGUCGAAUCGGUUGGCCAGAAAUUCGUUAAAGUCAGAAUGUUGACAGGCCCAAGUAUGACUGAGACAAAGCAGUUCCUGCCAACGUGCAUAAAGCUGGAAGAGCCUGUAAAGGCUGCUGAAACAGAAAAAACAUCAGCAGCAUCCACAGCUGCUCAAAGAGCGGAAGCCAUGUUUGGCAAGUGCGAUGAUAUUUAGAGAUGUUCCCGAUGAGGCCGCGCGGAGAAAAGGCUAUGCUAGACCAAGGGAAACCCCCCCUUGUUUCGCG